AUUGAACUAAUAAGGGGUUAUGUUGUCUUUCGUGGCGUGAGUGUCAUUCAAGUUUGUUUACAAAUUUUCGGAGCUGUGUAUAUCUUCGUGAUGCGGCUUGUCCACGGCGAACUGGAAAUGAUUAAUCGCCAUUUAUGAGCUAGUCGAACACAUAAUAUACGCUUCGCAUAACGAGCCUUCCGUAAAUACACCUUGCAAGAAAUUGAAUCUAACCUAACCUAACCGGUACGCGACGUCGCGACGCUGGCUGUUUCUCCACUGUACAUACACAAACAUCAAUGACGGGACGCUUUGCGAACGCUUUGCAAAUAUCGACUGGCCUGUGGUAGUCGCUUAAUAAUUUGCUAUCGGUGGCAGACGACUGUUUAGAUGGAUAAUGAGCGAGUCCGAUGACACAGAUGUUUUGCUCCUGAUCCCGCCUGACAUAUUCCACGUACCGUCUUCCGAUUCCGACACCAGCUCGAGCAAUCACGUCAGAACGGAUUGCGGGAGGACCGGUGUUAUCUCGGAGCUGGUGGGACAUAUGCAAUCAUUGGAGUCCCGAAUUUCUGCGAUCGAGUCCAGAGAUAAUAGCCUGGACAUUUCUGCGCCGAACAGUUUGCUUAACGACUCUCAGCCAGUCCACGGGAGUGCGUCCUAUCCUUAUCAACGGCAGACCCUACCCAGAAUUAGGUUCUCCGUAAGUCAAGGAUCCAGCUUGCAAAAUUCCCCCGUGAAGCUGCGUAAAUCUCUAUCCGUUCCUUCCACUCCCAAUGGAUAUUCGUCGCAGAGCUGUACUAACUUCUUGAAGAAAGACGCGAGAUCAUCUGGGUGUCAUCUUUCGACAACUGCAACUUCUAAUUCAACUAAUACUAACACUCUCACUCGGGCUAAGCAUGAUGUUGUAACUUCGUACUCUGAUUCCUCUGUGGUACCUCCUGCUUCCUGUGGUAUUGGGCUCUCGCAUGCCACUGUUAUGUCUGCGACAAAGGACUCCUAUUUAUCUCUUCGACAAAAUGAUUGUACAAGUAACUUGUAUUGUAAACCCCAUAAUUCCUUGCAUUCAACAGUACCUGUGUCAAAUUCAUCUAAUGCAUCAAUAGGUCAACUGCAUACCCGUUCUAGAAUAGUACAAGAGAUGGAACUAUCAGAGGUUGACGAGUUGCUCCAAGAAAUGGAAGCUACCGAAUUAGCAUUAUCAAAAAGAAUAAAUAAUCCUAGUGGAUAUCAGUAUCGCAGUGAAUUACUUCCAACGUUAUCGACUGAAACUGUUAAUAAUGCAAGUAGUCAAGAAAAAGAAGCACAUCAUAAGUUUGAUGCGCAUCGUAAAUUAGAUUUUCAAUCAUGGGAGAACAAAGAUACUCAACUUACUGAUGCUUUGUCAAUCUUUUCUCAAAAGAAAACAAAUAAUACAUUCCCUGAUAUAUCAUUGCCGUAUAAUGAUUCAUUCCAUGUAAAUAAGACUGAUAAAAUAAUUUCUGAAUUUAAAACGUGGGAACGAAACGUUCAGCAGCCUGUUAUAAAACCAAAUGGAUAUACGUUACAAAAUACAAAAAAUAUAGAUCAUUCAUUUAAUGUAUCAGCUACGAUUGACAAUGCUAAACCAAAGGAAUUAGUGCCAGAAUCAAACGUUCAACUGAUGGAUGAAACAAAUGCAAGCAGUAUAUAUACUCCAUCAAAAUCUUGCGUUACAAAUACUAUAUCACAUACUAAUGAUUCAGUUAGGUUUUCUGAUAUGCCAUCGAAAACUGUACAAUAUAAUACAGAACCUUUAGAUCUUUGUAAAAUAUCACAGGGUAAUGAAAAUUUACACGAUAAAGAAAAAUCUAAUUUUAAUAAAAAUACUGUACACGUCGGAACAAAUACAGAUCUUUAUUUAAGAAAAUGUCAACGACUUUUAUCACUUUCGGAUUUCUGGGAUUCUAAUCCAACUAGAUCACAAGAAGAAACGCUUAGAAUCAAGAUAGAAGAAGAGAAAUUUCGCAGAGAGCAUUGCGAACAUCUCAUUCAAGAACUUCAGAAACGUUUGUUGGAGCAACAAGAAAAAGUGGCAGUAGCAGUUAGAGUGGACAAUGAAAAAAAUGUUCUGAUAUCUCAAUUUCAUACAUCCUGGUCUAAAUUAAAGCAACAAGUCGAAAUAUUAAAAGUUGAGCAUAAAAAUUCACAGACUAAUUUGCAAAAUAUCACAGAAAAGCAUCAGUCUGAGAUGUUAGAACUUCAAACACAAGUCAAACGGUUGGAAGGAGAGUUAUCGAAAGCUUUAGAUUUGGCAGCUGGAUAUAAAGAGAAGAGUGACAUUAUGAUCAAAGAGAAAGUUGAUCUGUUAAAAAUUCACGCAGACGAAUUAGAAAGUUACAAAUCAUUAGUUCAAGAAGCAGAAAAUAGAUAUGAGCAAAUGAAGAUAGAAUUUAACAAAUUGUUAGAGAAGAAUCAACAAAAUGAAGAAAUGUUAAGAACUGUUCAAUCGGAACUGAAUAAAGAACGUUUAAAGGGAGGAGAAGUGCGAAAUGAGAUGGGUGUUAUUCAUAAAGCAUUAGAUACUUGUGAAGCUGAGUUGACAGUACUCAGACAAGAAAAAGAGAGUUUGCAACUUAAGCUUAAAGAAGAGAUAAAUAGAAAUUCUAUUUUAGAACAGAAAAAUUCAUUGUUGCUCGUAUCCAUUGACGACGCUAAGAAAGCAGAAAAAUUAGCUAAAGAUGAAACCAAGUCUGUUGCAGAACAAAAGGAAAAAAUCAGAGCAGAAUUACAAGAAGUUUAUCAGAAACAGGUGGAUGAAGUGGUAAAAGCAAAAUUACAAGAAUUUCAAAUGCAACUUGAUAAUGCCGAAUCAGAAUUUUUAGAGGAAUUAAAAACAAGACAGCAAGUUAUAGCUGAAUGCGCUGCUAGGAAGAUAAAGGAUGUUAUCGAUAAACAUCGUUUAGAAAUAAAUUUGCUAGAAGAAAAACAUAAAGAGGAAAAACGAUUAUGCGAAUUGCAAUUAGCUCAAGCUUUACAGAAAUCAUCUCUAUUAGAAAAGCAUUUGAAUUCUCAGCGUGCAACAAAAUCUCAACUUGCAGAACAAUUGCAUUCCGUUAUGCAAAAGCAGUGGCAACAAGCUCUACAUAUUAUAUCAGGGAGUAACAUGGAUAAUAUUUCUUCGAUUCAAAAAAUUCACGGAGAUAAAUGUUUUGAUUCUAAAGGUCCUAAAAAAUCAGAAUCAAUGCCAAAUUGUUACACUAAACUUUCUCAGGAAUUAAUGAAACAUACCGCUCAAUCGCUAGAAGCACGUAAUUUGAUUAGUGCACAACCUGUUGAAGAUCAAAAUGAAAGCGUGAUAACAAUGAAUUCCAUCGAAAAUGCGCUAUUAACCAGUAAAAAUGAAUCGAAGGAUGACCUUCGUAAAUAUGUGAAAAUGAUUGCAGAAAUGCAGUUAGCAAAAGAAGACAAAGAUCCAAAACUCAGAAGUAGUAUUUCGAGUCCGCCAUUAGGAUGCAGAGAGGUACCGCGGAAACAUUAUUUAAAAAAGGAAUUGAGUAUGAGUGAGGAUAGCGUCACGUGGGAACAAAGUCCUGAGGUUUACUGUACACGAUAUUAGUGAACAUAUUCCACUUCCGCAAAAAAUGCUUACAAAAAUAGAUCAAAGGAACAAGCCUCCUUGGAAAUGACGCAUAACAUACGAUGACAACGAAUCCGAAGGCAUAGAUGAGCUCGAUUAUGGCAACUGAAUUCAGAGUACAGUGUACUUAAUUAGCAGUAAUAAAUUUUUUAUAUGGAACAAAUACCAAUCUAUUUUUCUG